UUGAGGGCACUUCACCCUACAAAACAAGGUGUUCCCUGCGAUAUCCUCUGGAAUGUCAUGGCAGCACAUGAAAGCAGAGCACAUCCCAAAGGAGGCAUGUGAGCAAUGAGGAAAUGAAAUGGCAGCACUGAUGGAAACCAAACCCCAAACAGUCCCAUCAGGUGGGUGUUUUGCUUUGGAGGUGAGUCUGCUGCAAAAUUACUGCCCGUGUGCAGUGACUGUGGGCCUGGGGCUGUGCAGGAGCAGUAUAAAAGCAGGAACUUCUCCUCACUCUCUCAUCCACUGCUCUCGCCUCCAUCUCCUUGAGAACAAGGUGAAGCUCUCUCAUCCAGACAUGUCCUGCUACAACCCGUGCGUGCCCUGCCAGCCCUGCGGCCCGACCCCGCUGGCCAACAGCUGCAAUGAGCCCUGUGUCAGGCAGUGCCAGGACUCCAAUGUCUUCAUCCAGCCCUCGCCAGUGGUGGUGACCCUGCCCGGCCCCAUCCUCAGCUCCUUCCCACAGAACACCGCCGUGGGCUCCUCCACCUCUGCUGCCGUUGGCAGCAUCCUCAGCUCCGAGGGAGUGCCCAUCAACUCCGGGGGCUUUGGCAUCUCCGGCUUGGGCCUCUCCGGCUUGGGUGGCCGCUACUGCGGCAGGAGGUCCUUCCCCUGCUAAAGCUGCUGGCGACGGCCCUGGGGAAGGGCCCAGGGACCCAGAAGAUGGCACCGCACUGGGGAUGCCGACUCCUCUCUGCCUUCGGUGCUCCCUGCACCAGGAGCUCCACUCACAGUGUCCU